UCUUUGUGGCACUUGGUUGAUGAUCUAUUUUCAAGAGAGAGGAGUAAAUCUGUAGUCUAAUAAAAGCCCUGUGUACCUGAGUGCAGCCUCGGCACUCUGAGACAGACACGCGAAAGGGGAGCUGAACACAAAGCAUGCUGGGUGUAGAGUGCACCUCCAGGGAAAUUGAAUGUGGAAAAUACAUAUACUAGAUCUUCAGAAGUCUUCAUUUUAAGAAAUUAAGGAUUGUUAGGAAGAGAAACUUGGAUAUUCAUUAGCAGAGCUGUUGAAGAACGUGGCAAUCCAAAUCCUUUCUGCAAUCCAUAAUUCAGUUGCUGGUAAGGAGACACUGAUUAUUGAACUGCCUUGACCAUAGUUCAAUUACUCCAUCAAAAAUAAGUAACUUUGAUUUUUUUUCAUGAAGAACUUUUUUAGUAGUGUGUUAUUUUUUUGGAAUGCUUGAGCACUAAGUGAAUGACACUGGGAUGUCUCCUCUUCAAGCAUUUUGCUGCAAUGGCAGCAUACGAGUGGUUUCUGUUUUACAGAUGCAUCAGUUGAAUGUGGAGAUUUUGGCUUAUACCUCUCUUCGGAGUCAGUGGCUGUACAUGACACAGAGCACGGGGCUUAGGCUCGCAGCUCCUCUGAGUGAUGCCGUGAGGCCAGUGCUGUUGAAUCCCUUCUGAGUCUGAUAGUGGAUGUCAGGAGCCUAAUACGAUGCUUUUAUGCUGAGUCCUCAUCUCGGAGGACUUGCUUUGGCUUCACACGUAGGGGAGUUCUUUGUUCUCCCUCGGAAGGUUUGGGGCCGCGUUCUGACCCGGGCAGCUGGACUGUGAUGUUGGCACCGCUCCCCUGGGAACGCAGGCUCACGGAGAUGUGAGUGACUCCGCUGAGCCCUGCGUAGAGAUGGGUAUCAUCAGUGAUAAAAUACAGUUCAGCUUCCUUUGGAUGUCAGUGCCAUCAGACUCUAGAGGUUGAAAUCGUGUUUUCGUGAUCUUGGUAAUUUGAGGAGUACUUUUGGGAUACGUGUAUAUAAGACAGAACUGUGCAGGUGCUGCAUAGGGAAUUAUGAUUUCCGUAUGCUCAACAGCAUUAUUUUAAGGGUUCCAGUAAUGAUUACUUACAUUGCUUUAUAGUUUGGUGGGAAAAUUAAACUGGAACAGUACUUCUUUACAGUGGAAAUUAAUCUAAAACAGGAUGUAAAAUCUUACAGAGAAGGGAGGACUUAAUCUUUUUUAAAUUGUCAAAUAGAUUCCAUUUGCUGGAAGAUAGUGGAUUAAAACAUUCUAUUGCCUUGUUACAAGAACAAUUCACAUUCUGACCAACAUAGUAAUGUGUUGCAUCUUCUUUAGCAGUGUUGUACUUCAAGCCUGUCUUGGAGGAUUUUUCCUACUGGAAGGAUUAGGUCCUGAAGAUGAUACUGGUGGGAUUUCAGAAAUACUAAGUCUGAAGAUUUACAAAGAAUGAUUUUGUGGUUUUUUGACUACUGGAUUUUCGUGGCUUUAGAAAGUAGCAUGUCUGAUUGAUAACCCCAAUAUGAAGACCUCGCGGAACAGCCACAUCCUUGGGAUAUUACCUUGUGCUUUGUAUCUGCCAUUGGUAGUUUCCUUUGAAAAAGUUACCAUCCCAGCAGAGCUGAAGUCAGUUGUAGCGAAAAUUGCAGUCAACACCACAUCCUGCAGUGUCACCUGUGGGCUGGGCUUCAAACUGGAGGAGAUGUGCGAGAUCACUCCCGCCGGAGAGAGGAGGAAUUGUACCUUGCACAGGUCUGACUGCCUGACCAGCUGGGUUUGUGGCUUACUCCACUUCACCAUCCCCGUGGGCAAACCCUUCCAGUUCAGCUGCAUGACCUCGGACGCAGUCGGCUUUAGUAGCCGAGCCUAUAGCUAUACGUGGAGGCUUGCCCAAGGCCUUAUCACAACAAAUAAUGUACUGUUCAAACCUUUCAAAAACCCCAAUUCUGUAAUCAGAUUUUCCCCUACUAGGGAGUCUGAUGCAGGGACUUACCGAUGUGAUGUGCGGUUGUUGAAGACAUUCAGAGUCAUCAAGAGGGUCUACUUUGGGGUCAGAGUGAUCCGAAGUGACUUAGUGGAUCUGAACUUUCAAAAAUCCUUGACUUGGGAACAGAAGUUAGCAGCAAAUGAGGUGGAAGGAAACACAGAAAACAGCACCCAUGAAGAAGUGCAAGAACAGCAGCACUUUUGGCAAGGAGAAUUGUUUUAUGAAUGCUUGGUAGGAGUUGGAAGUGGAGUGAUAGGGGGUAUCUUGGUGAGCAUGGCACUCUGCUUCUUGCAGAAGAUUUUGAGAAGGAGAGCUGCAGGGUAAUGAACCGAGAUUUAAUACAAUUUCUUGUCUCUGUCUCUUUAUUAGUAUUGAUGCAGUAUUUCACGGCAAAAUUUGUAAUUUUUUUUUCUGGCUGACACAGUUUAUUACCAAAUACUUUCUUAAGCUUUGGAGUCUGAUAAGUUAGUACAGGACUGUAGAGACAGAGCUUGAGUCUUAAUGGAAUAGUGCAGACAGUAGCUCCAGAUGGGGCAAGGCAGUUUGGCUCCACAUUGUGUGAAAGGAUGGUCUAGAAUGGUCCAGACAGGAGUUAGAGGACACUGAGCCACAGAAAACUGCCCACUGCUCACUGCUAAUUACCUUGCUCUGCUCCUCUAAUAGGCCUUUAUUUUACCUCUAGGUGUUUGGGGUUUUUUUAUUUAGCUAAUAACUUGCGAUCCUUAUUCCUGUCUUAAUUCCUCGAAUUUCUUCUGCCUUGCCGAGAGCUCUGUGGUGAUGUGAGCUGACACAGAUCACUGUUUGGUAGAUGGUGUUUCUCCAGCACAAGGUGCAAAGAAGUAAGGAUGCUUUUGAGGUGGGCUUACAAACCAAGUUUCCUGGCUGGCUGGUGUCCUUUCCGUCAGAUCCAAGUGGUCGGGUCUCAGUAGCUCUGGGGCAGUGUGGGGAUGAGGGGUGGACCACUACUGUCUGCUUCCUCUAGAGAGAUUUAUCUCCUUCUACUAGAGCCUGCAAAACUGUGAAAUAUCUUCAAGUCAUAGCUUGGAGCUGUUUCCUUUGUAGUGUAGAAUAGCGAAGGAGGGAGCAUUGGGUAGCACAAGCAAAUCUUCAAUUUGAGCACUGCUGCUUAGGAACAUAACUGGGUGGUUUUUAAUCAUCACUUGGAGCUGAGCUCUUUCCUAAAAUCUUUAAAGGGGGAGGAAGGGAAGAGUUCAGUGGGCUUGUGGAUCUUUCAUUUUUCCUGGUUAUUAAUAAGUAUAAAACAUGCAGCAACUCUGUAGGGAGUAUUGUUUCCCCCUUGGUAGCAGAAUCCACAGAGGGACCUAUUAAGUGGCUUCUCUUUCUACUUCUGUCUCUUAUUUUACAGUAAACAACUAUAUUUACUAAGUCAGUUUCUUUUUUUUUUUUUUCUGCUGUGAACUAAAGUACAGGAAUGCAUAGCACACCCAAUUCUGUGGAAAAUAAUGAUACGACUAUAAUAUUAAAGAUUGAAGCAUACUAUUAUUUUUUCUUUUUGCCAGAACAACAACAAAAUGCUUUAAUAUGGAAAGAGUUGGAUGUGGAGGUAAAUACCUUAUUUGCAGAGAAUCCUGUACAAAAAAAUCAGACUGAAAUGUAGUGAGCCAAAUCUUCAUGUUCAGUGAAGUAGACAAUAUGUAUAUCAGGACAAUGAUCCGUGGACCCUGGGGUCGUCUAGCUGUCUUUGAGUGGAGAAACAAGCCUGUCAUCAGGCUUGAAUUCCCAGUUUGUAGUUCUACUGCAUUCCCUAUUUCUUCAGGGAGACUUUAAUGGGCACAAUGACCAGCAGAAGUUUGGAUAUACUGGAGGGAACCAUUCUGCAGUGACAGAAGAUGCUUUUGGGAAGAUGCACUGUUCCUUCCUGAUGCCUGGGGUGACCCUCUGGGAAGUGACAGGAGGGUUGCUACACAGUUGUGACAGACAGCAAGGGACUGUAUGUCCUUCUUCCAUCUGGCGAUCUGGUCCUGUGGCUCAGAAGCCCCUGAAUGGUGAUCCAGUUGUCCAAGAUUUUCUUGCUUCUGUUCUUCAUCAGUUUCCUCUGACUCAGCUCCACGAUACUGAAGUUUCUCCUGUGCUCAGUGCAGGCUUUGUCUUCGCUCAGCUGUUCCCUGUGGCUCUGCACUGCUUUUCUCUGUUUCUAUUCCUUGGCUGGGAGCAUGUGCUGCUUUCUCUGAGCCUUAUUCCAGUAUUUCCCAGUCUUCAUCUCGCUGAGGGUGUCCUCAUCUGCGGUCAGUCCACUUUGUUCUUCUGCAAUUCUCGACGCCCUGUCCUUUAGCAGCCAGUUCUCGUGUUGCUUCUUCAAGGACCGCUUGCUCCUUUCACAUGCCAGCCUCCAUCUGUUCCUGUUCUCCCCUGCUCUGCCCUCUGGGCUUUCAUUGCAUCGCCUUGGUUUUGCUGACAUUCUAGCCGGGUCACUUAGACACUUUGCAGCAGCCUUUUCCUGCAGCAAGCUCGUGUAGCUCCUGUAAUGACGUGCAUGAUGAGGAAUCGUAAGCUGUUUUGAGCUGGCAGCGAUGUGUGGUGGUGGGCACGUGUCUAUGGCCCGUGCUGACGGUUUGUUCUCGCUGGCUUUAUUUCUGUUCCCGCUCGCUGCGCUCUGCAGGCAGAGUUCACUCCUGUGCUGCAGCCCUUUGUCUCUUGGGAUGCUAUUUUCACCAACCUGAAGGCACUUAGGGAGCCACUGGUCCUGUUUGCAUUGCUUGCAGCCCCCCUCCUGGCCUCCUGACCUGUGAGGCAUUUCUUGUUCCCAGGAAAUGGGUCUCUAUUUGCUGCAUCUGCUUUCCAGGAGUUCUUGAAAUCUUACUGCACUCCUCUGCACUUACGCCGCAGAAACAGGAAUCGCUUAACUCGUCAUAGGUGGGGAAGUCUGUAAGGAGUCCUCUCCGUGCAGAUGUGCUGGCACAGAGAUCUGUGCUGGGACCUUCCUGGCCACGGGCUGAUGCUACUCCUGCAUCGGGCCCUGAAUUCUCACCUGGCUGAGUGCUGGUGUCAGUAAAGCCCAGGCCACUGUCCCACUUGGGAUAGCAAAAUGCCUGCUUUUCAUCUUCGCCUUUACUGCUUUCGCUUUCUGCCUAAAAACAAACACCCACAAGCUGUUAGAUAUCUUUGGGGCUAUCCUCCCUGGCUGAGCAUGAGUCAUCUCUCUAAGCAUCCUCCAACCAUAAACAACGGCAGGAUUUCUCUCUUGCCUUAAGCUCUCCCUGCUACUGCUGUAAACAGCCUGAGAUGUGGCCUUACCAAGCUCCCAGAGACACUGGAAAGAGCUGCAGGGAUGGAGUAACAGCUGCUGGACCUCAACUCAUCUUGAUGAAUAAGGGCUAAUGCUUGAAAGAGAAAUGCAAUGAGAGCAGGGAACAUGAAAUCUGGUUUGGCAAACCUGAUGAUGUAAGCCUGAGGUGACUGACAAAGAUUUUUGGAAAGUAUGGAGGCAAAAUAGGAUGGGAUACCUUAUAGUUCAACUCUUCUCUUCCUGUGGCACAGGGUGCAGAAAGUGGGUAAUUAGAUUCAUUAUCGCUGUUGCAAUCUUGUGGCAGCAAGUAAUCAAAGAAAGCCCUGUGGAGAAACCAAACAGAAACACAGGUCCCUCCCCAGCCCCGUGAGAGGGGCUGGCUCUGUGCUUUGGCAUGCCGAGGGCCAUAUUUUUGUUAUUGUCUGAAUGGCCAAACCAAAGAGCCAGUGCUAGGCAGGAGCUAGGUUAGCCUGUUUUACUGUUAGUGGAUGCAGCUGAUUAGAAAUCCAGCUUCGAGAGAUGUUGGCUGAUGUUGUGCUUUGCAUGCUAUGCUAUUGCUGCUUUCUAGGAGACAUUUCUUUACCUUGAGCAACACAUUGUACAUACCCAUCCAGGCAGCGAUUUAAACACGAUUUGCUGCAGUUCUCUUCCUUGCGGCAUUGCUCAUUCCCUGCUCUGAAGUCCGUCUGAGUUGCAGCAUCAGAUGUUUGGGGAGGCUCAUGGGCAGACUUCUGUCUAUGAACUUCCAGUGUAAUCUGUUCCCCUGUGCUCUGGAGUAUUUCUAGGAUCUCCUGUAAGCUG